UAACUACAUAGUUAACCCGGUGGACUAAUACCAUAAGCGGUCGGAUCACAUGCGAGGCGGUGAGACGCGGCAAUAUCGGAUCUGGCCAUGAUCUCUCCGAAGCGUUGCGGAGUGCAAGAACCAGCGAAGCUUCAAGAGCUAUCGCGAUCUCUGCUUUUUCUUUAAAAGACCCACCAAAUCCGGGAUCUUCGCGGAUCCCGUAGGAUCUAUUCGGGCGGGAUGGUGCUCUCUUUUAUUCUGAUACAGAACCGCCAAGGCAAGACGCGCCUGGCGAAGUGGUAUGCGUCUUACACAGAUGAAGAGAAAGUGAAACUGAAAGGCGAGGUCCAUCGCCUCGUCGCACCUAGAGACCAGAAAUACCAGUCCAACUUCGUGGAGUUCAAGCGCAGCACAAAGAUUGUUUAUCGGCGGUAUGCGGGUCUGUUCUUUUGUGUAUGCGUCGAUGCAAACGACAACGAGCUGGCAUAUCUUGAGGCGAUACAUUUCUUCGUGGAGGUGCUCGAUCAGUUCUUUGGAAACGUGUGCGAGCUGGAUUUAGUCUUCAACUUCUACAAGGUCUAUGCUAUUCUUGACGAAGUCUUCCUUGCUGGCGAAAUUGAAGAGACAAGCAAGCAAGUCGUGUUAACCAGGCUCGAGCACUUGGAUAAGUUGGAGUGAAGUCAGGUAGAGGUUGGGAGCUUUCUGCACCACCGGGCGUCUUGCUAGUUCUUAUGCAUUUUGUGGAUAUCCCAUUUUCUGGAGUUGGAGGAUUAUUGCCGUUAUUAUGAUAUCACUAUAAGUGUAUUCGAGCACCACUGCAUAUAUUCGAUGCUUUUCUCUUUCGGGAUCAUGUCUUCUCCUUUAGCCU